CAAACUUUUACCCUUAAACCCUCCGAAAGAGGGCAAAUAGGGCUUAAACCCUAAAAACCCUAUCCUCAAUUCUUCUUCUUCUUUAAAAAAAAGAAGCCCUAAUUUCUCCCUCCUUAUAUUUUUCACCAUUUUCCAUGCCGCUCAAGUUAUUACCACAGCUUCGUUUCUUCAAUUCUACAUUCCCAGUUACCCAUUUUCCCACCAUGAAAUGCAAUUCAACUUUGAAGCCUAAAACAAUACCAGUUUUUUCUAGAAUGUUUCCACACAAGCUUAAGUAUAGGUCAAUUGGGUUUCCAAUUUUAGCAGCUCAAGAACAAGAGCUUCGUAGGUUCUCGAGCCGUUCAGGGAGACCAAGACCCGGGUCGGGUGCUGACGUGCGAGUUUCGAAGAGCUUGAUUGAAGAUGAAGCUGAACUCAGUGAUUGGGUGAGUGGGUUGAGGUCUGAUUCUUCGUUUACGAAAACUCAGGUGUAUAGUGAGAGUGAUGAUAAUGAGGGUGACAGGGAAAGGAGUAGGGGUAAAUUUGGUAAUAGGCGUAAUGGUGGAGAAGAUAGAGGUGAAAAGAGAAGGAGAGAUGAUGAUUUUAGUGGGCCUGGUAGGAGGGGUGGAGGCCCAAUGCAGUCGAAUUCGAGGAAUGGGGGGAGGUUUGGAAGUGAAUUGUCGGGUGGAAGAGGUGCGGGACGAGGUGGAAUGCAGUCGAAUUCAAGAAAUGGAGGGAGGUUUGGAAGUGAAUUGUCAGGUGGAAGAGGUGCGGGACGAGGUGGAAUGCAGUCGAAUUCAAGAAAUGGAGGGAGGUUUGGAAAUGAAAGGGGGAGUAGAAAUGAGGGUGGAAGAGGUGAUGGUGGUCGAGAUCGAAUGGGGUCCUCCUCAAGGGGAGGAAGGUUUGGAAGUGAUAUAAGGAGUGGAAGUGAGGGUAGAAGAAGUGGAGGCCAAGACCGUAUGGAGUCAUUUUCGAAGGGAGGAAGGUUUGGGAGUGAUAUGGGGAGAGAAAGUGAAGGUAGAAGAAGUGGAGGCCAGGAUCGGAUGGAGUCAUUUCCAAGGAAGGGAGGGAGGUUUGGAAGUGAAAUGGCAAGUUCCAGUGACAAUAGGGGUAAAAGCAGGGUUGGUAGUGGAUAUGGUAGAGAUAUGGCAGCACAAGGUGGUAGUGGUAGGUUAGGGAGGAAAGAAGGGGCAGGUAUGGGUCGAGGGAGUUCCAUGCUGUUGGAUGAAGAUGAUACCGAUAAUGAGGAUGAGGAAGAGGAGAAUGGUUAUAAGGGGUUCCAAGAUUUGAUUGACAGCGAGGAAGAAAGUGAAGAAUCUGAUGAAGACAAUGAGGUUGAGGAUGAAAAAAUGGUCUCUUUGGAAAAGGAGGACAGUCCAAGGACAUCAAGUCCGAGCUCACAUGGAAAAAGUGAUUCCCACCUCACAGAAACCAGGUUUGAUCAGUUUCCUCUCUCUCCCUCGUCUCUGAAAGGAGUUAAAGAUGCUGGAUACAAAACGAUGACUGUAGUGCAGGAGGCAACCCUUCCCGUUAUUCUGAAAGGCAAGGACGUUCUGGCCAAGGCAAAGACUGGCACUGGGAAAACUGUAGCAUUUUUGCUUCCUUCAAUUGAAGUUGUUGUAAAAUCACCCCCCAACACCCGUGAUCAAAAGAGGCCACCAGUUCUGGUGCUUGUGAUAUGCCCUACUCGGGAGCUUGCAACUCAAGCAGCUGCCGAGGCCAACACCUUGUUGAAAUAUCACCCUUCAAUUGGGGUUCAAGUUGUUAUAGGCGGAACACGGCUUGCACUUGAGCAGAAAAGGAUGCAAGCAAAUCCCUGUCAGAUACUUGUGGCGACACCUGGGAGACUCAGAGAUCACGUAGAGAAUACAGCAGGAUUUGCUACUCGAUUGAUGGGUGUUAAAGUGUUGGUCCUUGAUGAAGCCGAUCAUUUGUUGGAUAUGGGAUUCCGUAAAGAAAUUGAGAGAAUCAUCUCUGCUAUUCCAAAACAGCGCCAAACACUUCUCUUUUCUGCAACAGUUCCACCGGAGGUCCGUCAAAUUUGUCAUAUUGCUUUGAAAAGAGACCAUGAAUUUAUCAAUACUGUCGAGGAAGGCAGUGAAGAGACACAUGCACAAGUUCAGCAGAUGCAUCUGGUUUCUCCUCUAGAAUCACACUUUUCGCUUCUUUAUGCUCUACUAAAAGAACACAUUGCUGAUGACGUUAACUAUAAGGUUCUUGUAUUUUGCACAACUGCAAUGGUAACAAAACUCGUUGCUGAGCUUCUUGGUGAACUUAACUUAAAUGUCCGGGAGAUUCAUUCUCGUAAGCCACAAAGCUAUAGAACAAGGGUUUCAGAUGAAUUUCGCCAGUCUACAGGUCUUAUUCUAGUUUCUUCGGAUGUUUCUGCUCGUGGAGUAGAUUAUCCAGAUGUUACCUUAGUUGUACAGAUUGGAGUGCCAGCUGAUAGACAGCAGUAUAUCCAUCGUCUAGGUAGAACCGGACGGAAAGGAAAAGAAGGACAAGGCAUUUUGUUGUUGGCUCCAUGGGAGGAAUUCUUCUUGUCUACAAUUAAAGAUUUGCCCGUAUCAAAGGCGCCUGUACCUCUGCUUGAUCCAGAGGCCAAGAAAAAGGUGGAACGUGCGUUAGCCCAUAUAGAUAUGAAAACCAAAGAAUCUGCAUACCAGGCAUGGCUUGGUUACUAUAAUUCCAACAGGGCUAUCGGUAAGGACAAGUACAGACUUGUUGAACUUGCAAAUGAGUUUAGUCGGACUAUGGGGCUUGACAACCCUCCAGCAAUUUCAAAGCUUGUUCUUGGGAAAAUGGGAUUGAAAAAUAUUCCUGGACUACGUUCCAAGUAAGUUGAGAUAGUGUUGCAGCUUCUUCUCAUAUAUAUAUGCAUACGAAGUGUAUAUAUACACAGCACAAGCCGUGCAAUGCAACAAUUGUUUUUCAGCUAAGUGCUGCUUUUACCCAUUGUUUGUAAUUUAGUUACUAGGGAGGAUUCAAAGCCUUGACAUAACAUAAGUUGAGUUCCUUUUUUGCUAAUAGGAAAUUUGGCCUUUCCUCUUUCUAGUUGAAUAUUUUGUCUCUUCAUUUAUUAGUAUGCGGGAAUUACAAACA